AUGGGCGUCACUCCCACAGAAGAAGGGCGCCCAGGGCAGCAUUGCAUAGGCGUCACUCCCUCAGAAGAAGGGCGCCCAGGUCAGCAUGGCAUGGGCGUCACUCCCACAGGAGAAGGGCGCCCAGGGCAGCAUGGCAUGGGCGUCACUCCCACAGAAGAAGGGCGCCCAGGGCAGCAUGGCAUGGGCGUCACUCCCACAGAAGAAGGGCGCCCAGGGCAGCAUUGCAUGGGCGUCACUCCCACAGAAGAAGGGCGCCCAGGGCAGCAUUGCAUAGGCGUCACUCCCUCAGAAGAAGGACGCCCAGGGCAGCAUUGCAUGGGCGUCACUCCCACAGAAGAAGGGCGCCCAGGUCAGCAUGGCAUGGGCGUCACUCCCACAGGAGAAGGGCGCCCAGGGCAGCAUGGCAUGGGCGUCACUCCCACAGAAGAAGGACGCCCAGGGCAGCAUUGCAUGGGCGUCACUCCCACAGGAGAAGGGCGCCCAGGGCAGCAUGGCAUGGGCGUCACUCCCACAGAAGAAGGACGCCCAGGGCAGCAUGGCAUGGGCGUCACUCCCACAGGAGAAGGGCGCCCAGGCAGCAUUGCAUGGGCGUCACUCCCACAGGAGAAGGGCGCCCAGGGCAGCAUGGCAUGGGCGUCACUCCCACAGGAGAAGGGCGCCCAGGGCAGCAUUGCAUGGGCGUCACUCCCACAGAAGAAGGACGCCCAGGGCAGCAUUGCAUGGGCGUCACUCCCACGGAAGAAGGGCGCCCAGGGCAGCAUUGCAUGGGCGUCACUCCCACAGGAGAAGGACGCCCAGGGCAGCAUGGCAUGGGCGUCACUCCCACGGAAGAAGGGCGCCCAGGGCAGCAUGGCAUGGGCGUCACUCCCACAGGAGAAGGACGCCCAGGGCAGCAUGGCAUGGGCGUCACUCCCACAGGAGAAGGACGCCCAGGGCAGCAUGGCAUGGGCGUCACUCCCACAGGAGAAGGACGCCCAGGGCAGCAUGGCAUGGGCGUCACUCCCACAGGAGAAGGACGCCCAGGGCAGCAUGGCAUGGGCGUCACUCCCACAGGAGAAGGACGCCCAGGGCAGCAUGGCAUGGGCGUCACUCCCACAGGAGAAGGACACCCAGGGCAGCAUGGCAUGGGCGUCACUCCCACAGAAGAAGGACGCCCAGAGCAGCAUUGCAUGGGCGUCACUCCCACAGAAGAAGGACGCCCAGGGCAGCAUGGCAUGGGCGUCACUUCCACAGAAGAAGGACGCCCAGGGCAGCAUUGCAUGGGCGCCACUCCCACAGAAGAAGGACGCCCAGGGCAGCAUUGCAUGGGCGUCACUCCCACAGAAGAAGGGCGCCCAGGGCAGCAUGGCAUGGGCGUCACUCCCACAGAAGAAGGACGCCCAGGGCAGCAUUGCAUGGGCGUCACUCCCACAGAAGAAGGACGCCCAGGGCAGCAUUGCAUGGGCGUCACUCCCACAGGAGAAGGACGCCCAGGGCAGCAUUGCAUGGGCGUCACUCCCACAGAAGAAGGACGCCCAGGGCAGCAUUGCAUGGGCGUCACUCCCACAGGAGAAGGAACACCAACCAACCUCAGCAACAGAACACCACUGUAGACAAGGCGAGUGA